AGCAGAAGGAGGAGAUGGGAUUAUGGGAAUUGGGAAAUAUGCGGAUCAAUUGGUAGAAUUCCCUUGAAUUGUUCACGAUCAACAGUGUAAUUUGUCAGCUACUUGAUGGACUUUAGGAGAAUCUCAAGUGCUUAAAUUCGAGAAUGAGAUCAGCAAUGUCUGAAGGCGGUGCAACUUCGGCUCCCUUGACUAGUUCUGGCAUUUCUAAAGCAACAUUUGGCAUUAGAUGCAAUAACCCACUUGGGCAUUUGAGCUCUAAAGGGACUGUUGUAUGCAGUGACUUCGAGUUGGUUGAGGAGGCAGCCUGGAGUGGAGCAAUAGCAUUCAUUGUCUUCGUCUUUAAGCAGGUCCUGCCAGUGGGAAACGUGAACUUGACCGAAGAUGGAACCGGGGGGAAAAUCAAUGGAAGAUCAAUUCAACAAAUUACAUCCAUGCCUGCCUCUGAACACAAGAAUCGGCAUUGUAGGUGCCGGACCAAGUGGCUUAUCUGCCGCUUAUGCACUAGCUAAGCUUGGUUACAAAAAUGUGACUGUACUUGAGAAGCAUUACACUGUAGGCGGAAUGUGUGAAACAGUAGAAAUCGAAGGAAAGUUUUAUGAUCUCGGUGGUCAAGUUCUCGCUGCAAACAGCGCACCUGUCAUCUUUCACUUGGCAAAAGAGGUUGGGUCUGAAUUAGAAGAAAUGGACUCACACAAGCUCGCCCUAAUUGACAGUUCUACAGGCAAGUAUCAGGAUGCCAAAGUUGCAGAUGACUAUGUAUCAAUGAUCCCUUUGACUUUGGAACUUCAGGAUAAGGCAAAAAGUUCAGGCCGGAUUGGUGUCCAUGCUGUAAGUGAAUUUGCUUCAGAAUUAACUCCUGCAUAUCUUGACCGUCAUGGACUCAAAUAUGUUCCCAAGUCUGUGGCUUAUGGUUACACCGCUUCUGGAUAUGGAUUUGUUCAAGAUAUGCCCUAUGCUUAUGUCCAUCAGUUCACACGAACUUCCAUGGCUGGAAAAAUUAGGCGUUUUCGAGGUGGAUACACAAGCUUCUGGCAGAAGCUCAGCAAAUUACUUCCUAUUGAAGUUCACUGCAAUAGUGAAGUAUUGGCUGUCAAGCGUACCUCUGUUGGAGCCAAUUUCGAUGUCAAAAACAAUAAGGGGGAGUUUGAAGUAAUGGAGUUCGAUAAGAUCAUCAUCUCUGGGUCCUUUCCUUUUAGAAAUGGAAAAACAUACAGAUCCCCACUUCAAAAUUCCCCAGCAUUUGAGAGUGAAGCCUUGGAUCUGGGUGAGCUUGAAAAGGAAUUGUUCAGUAAAGUACAGAUGAUUGACUACUACACUGUAGUUUUAAAGAUCAAAGGGUUCGAGCAUUUAGAGACUGGUUUUUAUUACUUUGGUGAAUAUAUGGAAGAUCCUGCAACAAUUGGACAUCCAGUUGCAAUGCAGAAAUUCUAUGCUGACACAGAUAUUUUCUUGUUCUGGUCGUAUGGCAACUCUGUCGAUAUCACUGGGCCGACUGUCACUCAGUUUGCUAUAAAUGCAGUUAAAUCUAUGGGUGGAGAAGUUGAGAAGGUGGUUCUACAACGACGAUUUAAGUAUUUUCCUCAUGUUGGUAGCCAAGACAUGAAAGAAGGAUUUUAUGAGAAAUUGGAGUCUGAACUUCAAGGUCUGAGAAACACUUACUAUGUUGGGGGACUUAUGGCAUUUGAGCUUACAGAGAGAAAUUCGUCUUAUGCGAUGUCUCUAGUUUGGAAGCACUUUGCAAGUAAUGAUUCCUUUCCAGUGCUUCCAUAUGUUAAGAGUCUAUUUCUGUUUCAAGAAGAUUGCUGCCAAAAGAGCCCUCAAAAAUUGGAUGAACUCCCAGGAGUCGAGUUUCCAGACCUGGCCUCCCUUGAUAGCUAUCUGAAGCACUGGGGAACUCAUGAAGUCACUCGGAACAAAACCUUAUACAAUUGGGUUAGUGAUGAAGGAGCAGUGGUUUGCAAGAGGACUUAUACAGAACUUCAUGCCAAUGCUUCCUGCAUUGCAUACAAAAUGUUGACAAUCCAAAAACCAGCUAUUAAACCUGGGGACAGGGUCCUCUUAGUCUAUGUACCUGGUUUGGACUUUGUUGAUGCCUUCUUUGGGUGCUUAAGAGCUAAGGUCCUGCCGGUGCCAGUUCUUCCACCAGACCCUCUCCAAAGAGGUGGACAAGCACUUACAAAGAUUGCAAACAUUGCUAAAUCAUGUAAUGCAGUGGCAAUUCUAUCAACCUUAGUUUAUCACUCAGCAGUUCGGGCAGGUGCUGUGAAGAAUCUAAUUUCCUUUAUGGGUAAAAAUGGGAAAUCCUCAGUUAGCUGGCCAAAUCUUCCAUGGUUGCACACAGAUUCUUGGAUCAAGAGCAACAAAAAAUUGCUUCCUGAAGAUAUAGUUGAUCAAUCUGAAUCUCAGCCACAUGACUUAUCUUUUCUACAAUUCACAUCAGGUUCGACUGGUGAUCCUAAAGGAGUCAUGAUAACUCAUGGUGGGCUAAUCCAUAAUGUUAAAUUGAUGAAGAGGAGAUACAAAAGCACCUCAAAGACAGUACUAGUCAGCUGGCUUCCUCAAUAUCAUGACAUGGGGCUUAUCGGUGGACUUUUUACAGCUUUGGUCAGUGGUGGAUCAGCAAUUCUUUUUUCCCCAAUGUCUUUCAUCAAGAACCCUCUCUUAUGGCUUCAAACCAUGAGCAAGUACCGCGCAACUCAUAGUGCUGGCCCCAACUUUGCCUUCGAACUAGUGAUUCGAAGAUUAGAGUCUAACUUUAACAAGGAUAAGGCUGCGAGCUAUGAUCUUUCUUCCAUGAGAUUUCUCAUGGUUGCUGCUGAACCAGUUAGGCAGAAAACUUUAGAAAAAUUUGUCAAGAUCACUCGUCCUUUUGGCCUUUCCGAAGAGGUCAUGGCUCCUGGUUAUGGCCUGGCAGAAAAUUGUGUGUUUGUCAGUUGUGCAUAUGGACGAAGACAACCCAUUUUUGUUGAUUGGCAAGGAAGAGUUUGUUGUGGUUAUGUGGAUCCAUCUGACACAGAUGUUGAUAUCAGAAUUGUCAAUCCAGAUAGCGGGGAAGAAAUCAAAGAAGCUGGAAAGGAAGGAGAAGUGUGGAUCAGUAGUCCAAGUGCUGGAGUUGGAUAUUGGGGCAGAGAAGAUACCAGCAAGAAAACCUUCAGAAAUGAGCUUCGCAACCACCCAGGAAGGAUAUACACUAGAACUGGAGACUUGGGGAGAGUUAUUGAUAGAAAGUUGUUCAUCACUGGACGAAUCAAGGAUCUCAUUAUUAUAGCUGGAAGGAACAUUUACUCAGCAGAUGUAGAAAAGACAGUAGAGAGCUCAUCUGAACUUCUCCGCCCAGGAUGUUGUGCCGUCGUUGGUGUUCCAGAAGAAGUCUUGUCAACAAGAGGAAUAUCAAUUCCAGAGGGUUCCGACCAGGUUGGCCUGGUUGUAAUUGCGGAGGUUAGAGAUGGUAAACCUGUUGAUAAAGAUGUGGUCAAACAGAUUGAAACCUGUGUUACUGAAGAACAUGGGGUGACUGUUGCUUCUGUCCAGUUGAUCAGGCCCAGAACCAUUAGCAAAACAACCUCAGGAAAAAUCAAGCGAUUUGAAUGUCUCAACCAGUUUGUUGAUGGAACUCUGAAUCUUGUGCCUGAUCCAAUUUCGUCAAAAAGAACACUACUUCGAUCAUUCACUACUGGGACAUGUAGGGAGGGAAAAACUCCUCGACCUCAGCUUGCGAGUUCUCCCAUAUCAAGUGCCAAAAAGAGUAAUAAAGAAAUAGUAGAAUUCCUUAAGGGGCUAGUAUCUGAGCAGACUGGGGUUCCUAUAAAGAAUAUCUCUGCCACAGAGAACCUGGUGUCUUAUGGAAUUGAUUCAAUUGGUGUGGUUAGAGCAGCUCAAAAGCUUUCAGAUUUCCUAGGAGCCCCUGUUGGAGCAGUAGAUAUAUUUACAGCAGCCUGCAUUGAUGAACUAGCUAGCUUCUCAGAAAAUCUCUUAACGAAGUCUCAACCUGAGCUCGUGACCUCUCCAUCUCUUUUUUUGGAAGCUGAUAUUGAUACUGCUAAUUUGGUGGUGGAAGUAUCGAAGUCUCGCCAAAUGGGCAUCUGGUUUUUCCAACUUGUUGCUCUCAUUUAUGUCUUGGUUAUGCUGAGCUCUCCAGUUUACUUAUCAGUUUCUUCUUUUACAAGAUUGGUUUCAGCCAGCAUUGUAUUGUUAGAUGGCCUUCCCUGGACAAGUUUUCUGAUUCCCCUGGUUUUGGCUCCUCUUUUCUGGAUGUUUUGUACAGUUCUUACAUGCGUUAGCAUUGGUUUCUUUGGGAAUUCCUUCUUAGAACCAAACUAUGCCUUGAGCCCCGAAAUUUCCAUGUGGUCAACUGAUUUUGUUAAGUGGUGGGCACUUUACAGGGCAAAAGGAAUUGCUUCAAAAGUUUUUGCUGAGCAUUUGAGAGGAACUGUAUUCCUUAAUUAUUGGUUUCAGAUGCUCGGAGCUAGGAUUGGUUCAUCAGUUGUGCUAGAUACUGUUGACAUUACAGACCCAUCUCUGGUUUCAAUAGAAGAUGGAGCUGUGAUUGCAGAAGGGGCAUUGGUUCAAAGCCAUGAGGUGAAGAAUGGAAUUUUGAGCUUCUCCCCUGUCAGAAUUGGCCGGAAUUCCUCAGUUGGCCCAUAUGCCAUUAUUCAGAAAGGGAGUAUAUUAGGAGAGGAGGCUGAGGUUCUGCCCUUGCAGAAGAGUGAAGGCGGCAAGCCUGUACUUAAAUCUACCAAGGCUAAUAAUGUUCCCAAGGGUGCAGCGCUUCAAAAUGCUCUUCACAACAGUUCAGUGAGUGCCAUUUACCACAUCAUUGGCAUUUAUGCAGUUGGUCUUCUCAGCAGUCUCUCAGCAGGAAUUAUAUAUUGCCUUUACAUUUGGCAAACUCAGAAGCAUGCGGUCCCUGAGCAAUUUGCAUUUCUUUGCAUAUCUGGAGCCUUUCACUGGAUUCCAUUUACCAUCAUUGCAUAUGGCACCAUGUUUUCUAGUGUCCUUCCAUACUCUGCUAACUUUGCCAUCUUAUUGGCCAUUUCUUAUCUAGCUCAUGGUCUUAUACUCAGUUUUUUCACUUGUGGCUUGACCCAUUUCCUUGCUGGUAAACAACAGACAAAGCAAUUCCAAUUCAAGACUUGGCUUUGCCACCGAAUAAACAUUGCUUGCCACAUUAGAUUUACCAAGCUCCUUUCGGGAACAGAAGCCUUCUGCAUGUACUUGAGGCUCUUGGGUGCGAAAGUAGGGAAGCAUUGUUCUAUUAGAGCCAUUAACCCAGUUUCAGACCCUGAAUUGAUAACAAUUGGAGCUGGGGUCCAUCUUGGAGACUUUAGCCGGAUCAUUUCUGGAUUUUAUACCUCCAGAGGGUUUAUUCGUGGGAAGAUUGAGGUGCAAGAUAAUUCAAUAGUUGGGAGCCAAAGCUUAGUCCUUCCCGGAUCAGUUAUUCAAAAAGAUGUUAUUCUUGGUGCACUUUCUGUUGCUCCCGUGAAUUCAGUUCUCCGGAAUGGUGGCGUUUAUAUUGGGUCCCAAACUCCUGUCAUGAUCAAGAGCACUACGCAUGCUUUGGAUGAUCGGAUAGAGGAGAUGGAUACAAAAUAUAAGAAAAUAGUUGGGAAUCUGGCUGCUAAUUUGGCUGCUACUACAUUGAAAGUUAGGUCUAGGUACUUCCAUCGGAUUGGCGUCAGUGGAAAGGGACAGUUAAGGAUUUAUGACAACAUUGAAGGUUUGCCUGAUCACAAGAUCUUCCACCCGGGAAAGUCAUACCCUGUCAUUAUCCGGCACAGCAACAGCUUGAGUGCGGAUGAUGAUGCAAGGAUAGAUGCUCGUGGUGCGGCAGUAAGAAUUCUCUCAGAUGAAAAUGAUAACGGCUCUUCUCUCAUGGACUUAACAUUGAAGACAGGCAACGCAUUCUAUGCUCGCACAAUUGCGGAUUUUGCAACAUGGCUAGUUUGUGGGCUUCCUGCGAGGGAAGAGCACGUGAAGCGAGUCCCACAUGUUCGUGAUGCAGUGUGGACAUCACUUCGUCAUGCUGACUCAUAUGCUGAUCUGCAUUACUACUCAAACAUUUGCAGGCUCUUCAGGUUUACAGAUGGACAAGAAAUGUAUGUAAAAUUCAAGUUGCGGCCUUGUGAUGAAAGUAUCAAUGAGGAUGCUGGUAAGGUGGAGCCCCGUGGGAUACUCCCCCCAGAAACAGGUGCAAUUCCAAGGGAUGAAAAUGACACCCGACCCUUACUUUUCCUAGCUGAUGAUUUCCAACGCCGGGUGAAUUCCCUUGAUGGUGUUCGCUACAUUUUCCAGCUGCAAAUCAGGCCAGUUCCACAUGAUGAAGCCACCUGCGACAUUGCACUUGACUGCACCAGACCAUGGGAUGAAACUGAGUUCCCCUACAUCAAUGUGGGGGAGAUUAACAUCGUCCAAAACCUUGCAAGUAGUGAAUCAGAAAAGCUGGAGUUUAAUCCUUAUCUUAAACUCCAUGAGGUGGAUGUAAUUCGGGCUUCAUCAUAUUCCCAGAGUGCGUCUAUUGAUCAUGGUCGUUCACUGAUCUAUGAAAUAUGUCAGUAUCUAAGGAACGGUGAACCACUUCCAGAGGCCUGGAGGAUUUUCAUAGAGCAAUCCGAUGUUAAAGUGGACCUCUCUGGUUGUCCAAUGGCAGCAACAGUGCAGAAGAAAUACUCGACAGAAGUGACAUUAGCAAGAACCCGGUAUCAAACCUUAUGGGCUGUUUUUGCUCAACCACUACUACAGACUGUUCUGCCAUAUUUCCUCCUGGGAUUAGUUAUAUAUGCUCCUCUAAACUUAGUUCUGUCCUUGAAAGAAACCAAGAAAUUCCCACUGCAUUGGUUGCUUCCUUUACUUUGGUUGUCAUCCGGACUGCUGGCUGCAUUAGCUUGUGUUGUGGCCAAAUGGGUUCUUGUAGGAAAAAGAAAAGCAGGAGAAAUUGAGCCCAUAUGGAGCAAAGGAGUCUUCAUGGACACUAUAUGGCAGAGUUUUAGAACUUUAGUCUGUGAUUAUUUCAUGGAAAUCACUAGUGGUUCUAUUUUAUUUGCUCUAUGGAUGAAGCUCAUGGGAUCUGAUAUUGAGCUGGAGCAAGGUGGUGCUUAUGUAGACAGCAUGGGAGCUCUGUUGAAUCCUGAAAUGGUGGAGAUUGAAAGAGGAGGAUGCAUAGGAAGAGAAGCUCUGCUAUUUGGACAUAUAUAUGAAGGUGAAGGGAAAGUCAAGUUUGGGAAGAUCAAAAUCGAAGAAGGUGGGUUUGUUGGAAGCAGGGCUGUAGUUAUGCCUGGUGUGACAGUUGAAAGUGGAGGUAGUCUUAGUGCUCUCUCUCUUGCCAUGAAAGGAGAAAGUAUUAGAUCAAAGUGAGGGUGAUACAUAUGUUGCUGGUGUUUAUUUCCAAUAAGUCAACAUUUACCAGCUUAAUAAGAUUUGAUUUAGAUGAA